UAGUUUGACAGGAGAAAACCGGACAGGAUGGCAAAGUUUUCGGCGCCGGAGCAGCUUAACUUCGCUAAACCGGAAGAUUGGCCCGAUUUGAAACAACGCUUCUCCCGGUACCGAAUAGCAACGAAGCUUAACAAAGAGCCAGCCGAUUUUCAGGUCAGCGCACUGAUUUAUUCUAUGGGCCCGGAGGCAGAGCAAGUGUACAAUUCAUUCGUCUCGCCGAAUGACGACGAGGGAGAGGAGGAGGAUUUCGACCAUGUGCUGAAGCUGUUUGACGCGCACUUCGUGCCAAAAAGAAAUGUGAUUUUUGAGAGAGCACGUUUUCAUUCGCGGACACAAGAGGCGGGUGAGUCCGUUGAACAGUACAUAAGGCACUUGUAUGAACUAGCAGCCCACUGUGACUUUCAUGAAAAGGAGGAGGAAAUAAGAGAUAGACUUGUCAUAUGGAUUAAAGACAAAGAUCUUUCAUUGAAGCUGCAAAUGACAAGUGACCUUACUCUGAAAAAAGCAGUUGACAUGGCCAGGCAUUCUGAGUUAGUGAAGCAACAGAACAGCGAGGCUGGUGCAUCAGGGCACGUUGAUGAAGUGAAAUCAAAAGUUUAUAAAAAUAAGUGGAAAAAAACACAAUACGAGGCAGCAGGAAGACGAAAAGAAAAUGAAAAGAAAAACUUUGGUAGAUGUGGACGCAAACAUGCAAGAAACAAAUGUCCAGCUAAAGACAGAGAAUGUAACAAAUGCCACAAAAUUGGCCACUUUGCAAACAAAUGCAAAACCAGAAUGAUACAAGAUGUGACUGAAGAAGUUGACAGCUUAUUCUUAGGAUCAAUAAAUGAGACUAUGACCAAGAAUGAGGCUACAGUGGAUGAAGUCAUCACAGAUACAGAGCCACCAUGGCGCACAACACUAGUGAUAUGCCACACUCCAGUCAGCUUCAAGAUUGAUUCUGGUGCUGACACGACAAUAAUAAAUGAGGCUACAUAUAGCGGCCAUCUGUGUCAAGCCGAAACUUAGUCCAGUCACCUCUAAACUGGAAAGUCCAGGAGGAAAAGUGGUCCAUUUGGGGCAAUUCCUAGCUAAGACGCAAGAGACAAAAGGAAGAAAAACAACAGACUGUUACUUUAGAGUAAUAGUGGCAAAGUCUACUUGUGAUAAUUUACUGAGUAGAUCUGUCAGUGUUCGUCUGGGUCUAAUACAACACAUUGAAGAAGUCAGUGUGUUUGGGGAACUAGGGCUGCUUAAAGGAGACCCCAUAAAAAUAGUCCUAAAAGAAAAUGCUAAGCCAUACAGUGUCGUAGCCCCUCGCCGCAUACCCAUUCCGCUGCUACCUAAAGUAGAGGAGGAGCUUAGGUGAAUGGAGGAAAAUGGCAUAAUAGAGUGCGUGACGGAGCCUACAGAAUGGGUAGCGCCUAUGGUG